AUGGCUACUUUUCAGAUACACGAAGAUAAAGAAAAUUAUCAGCAGCAUGCUUUCCAGCAUGUGAAACAUAUUUAUAAUGGUGCUCAAGAGAAGAUUAUCACAAAAAAGUAUGUAGAAAAUAGAACGACUUUCCAGUCUUUGAGCAAUGGUGUAAGACAUAAAGCGAAACGAGUAAAAUUAACAAAGAGAAAUAACGAAGAUAUUGGAGAAAUAACGAUAAAAAUUAAGCCGGAGGAAGACGAGAAAUCUUUCGAAAAUACUUUUUGGAAAAUUGAAGAAAAAAGUGUAGUGUCUAGUGAAAAGGAAAGUGAUAGAGAUGGUUUUCCUCUCGCUUUGUUUCAUAAUGAUGAAUACCGAAAGGAUAUUUGGAGUUACCUGACCCAAGCGGAAUCUGAAGGAUCCCGCGUCAAACCCAACUAUAUGCUGAAGCAGGUGGACCUGAGCUGGAAAACUAGAAGCAUCUUGGUGGACUGGCUGGUCAGCGUCUCUGACGAGUACAAAUUCUGCGACCAGACCGUCCAUCUAAGCGUCAACUACGUCGACAGAUUCUUGAGCCAAAUAUCCGUGACUCGCAGCAAAUUCCAAUUGGUCGGAGCGGCGGCCAUGAUGUUGGCGUCCAAAAUGGAAGAGUACCAAGCCAUCGACGCCCAAGAAUGGUCCUAUCUGACGGGGGAUACCUUCACUGCACGUCAGGUUCUGAAAAUGGAGCAGCUCAUCCUCAGGGUUCUCAGGUUUAAGAUGCAACCUCCCACCACGUAUGGUUUCAUUCAGCACCUGUACGCGGAGUACGCGAUGGACCCAAAAACCAUCCAUCUAGCUAUGUAUAUUUGCGAGUUAGCUUUGCUCGAAGGCGAGGACUACCUGGACCACUUCCCCUCGAAGCUGGCAGCUGCCUCCAUAGCUCUGGCCAGGCACACGCUGUCCAAGCAGAAGCCCUGGCCUGAGAAACUGCAGAAUGCCAGCGGUUAUACUCUGAAGGAGUUGAGCCCGGUGGUGCAGAGGCAGCAGAAAACCUUCAGCGACUCGCCUCUGAAGGAUCAGCAAGCCAUCCAGACCAAGUACAAGAGCGAGAAGUUCAACAGGGUGGCCUUGUUGAAGCCUAGGAUGCUGGUUUUGGAUGAAUUGGAUGACGAAGAGUAG